AUGUCCAAGCCAACAGCCAACUGGGAGAAGGUCGGCGACAAGUUUUACCGAAAAGUGCAGCUCUACCAAGCUGUAUUUGACCAGGACCUUGAGCUCGAGAACUACAAUGUGGUGGGGGCGCCGUAUAGCGGUGCUGUAGCCAUAUUUCGCGAUGAAGAGAAGCUGCAUACCUAUAGGGGUCCCGGCGCAUCCAAGCCUAGCAUCGACAUCUAUAGCUGCGCGGGCAAGCUGAUCCGGAGCAUAAAUUGGGACAAGGGCACAAUCAAAGGCCUAGGCUGGUCUGAAGAUGAGAAGCUGCUCGUCAUCACAUCAGACGGCACGGUCCGCUGCUACUACGAUCUCCAGGGCGACUUCGUGCCUUUUACACUCGGUCAUGGCGCAGAAGAAUUUGGCGUCGUAUCCUGCAAGUUCUAUGGUACCGGCUUCGUUGCGCUUCUCGGGAACAAUCACCUCAUUUCCGUUACCUCGUACGCCGAACCGCGCCCCAAGCUCCUCGCUAUACCGCCGACCGAUCCCGUUAUAUCGUGGAGCAUAAUACCGCCUGCCUAUUCGCUUUCGCGCUCCGUCGAAGUCAUUCUUGCCAUUGGUGCCACACUCUACGUCGUGGAUGCGACCGAAGCAGAGGAUAGGAACUUCGAUGCUGGUCCGUUUAGACAUAUCAGCGUCAGUCCGCGUGCUGAAUUCCUUGCCUUCUACACCGAGGAUGGCAAGGUUUGGGUCGUUAGCGGUGACUGGAGCGAAAAGCUGAGCGAAUAUGACAGCAAGAUAAAGACUGUACCAAAAGACAUGGAAUGGUGUGGAUCGAACGCUGUUGCGCUGGCAUGGGAGGACGAGGUACAUUUGAUUGGGCCAAGAAGUGCGGCGACCAAGUUUUACUACGAUACUUGGGUGCACCUGUUGCCGGACGUCGAUGGCAUAAGGCUUUUGACGAAUGACAUAUGCGAGUUCAUUCAAAAAGUCCCAGACGAAGCGGUCGAUGUGUUCCGUCUGGGGUCAGAUUCGCCUGCUGCAAACCUUCUAGAGGCGUCUUCCCUCCUGGAGCAGAAAAGCCCGAAAGCGGACGACCUCAUACAGCUGAUCCGACCGAGCCUGGCAGAAGCAGUGGAUACAUGCAUCAAGGCCGCCGCGCAUGAGUACAACAUCCAUUGGCAGAAGGCGCUAUUGAAAGCUGCUUCGUAUGGAAAGUCAGUACUGGACUUGUACUCGUCUGAUGACUUUGUCGAUACAUGCGAUACCCUACGUGUGUUGAACGCUGUCCGCUUCUACGAAGUUGGACUACCACUCAGCUACGAACAGUACCGUCGCAUGACUCCAGAAAAGCUCGUUGAGCGUCUCACGAACCGUAGCGAAUAUCUUCUAGCACUGCGCAUAGCCGAGUACCUGCAUCUACCUGCAAAUCAGAUCCAUGGCCAUUGGGCACAACAAAAGGUUCGCGUAUCGACUGAUCCCGAAGAGGAGAUAUGUAGCCUUAUAGUCAAGAAGCUUAAUGGUAAGCCAGGUGUUUCUUUUGAGGAGAUUGCACGGGCGGCGUAUGACGAAGGUCGCGUCCGACUGGCCACCGAGCUGCUCAACUACGAACCCAGGGCCGGCAAACAGGUUCCGCUACUUCUCAACAUGAAAGAAGACAAUAUCGCGCUCGACAAGGCGAUUGAGUCAGGCGAUACAGACCUUAUAUACCACGUCCUCUUGCAUCUACGGAGGAAGCUGCCACUUGCUUCCUUCUUUCGGGUUAUUAACAGCAGGCCCGUUGCUACAGCUCUCGUCGAAUCUUCAGCAUGGGAUCAAGAUCGUGAGCUUCUCAAGGAUCUCUACUACCAAGACGAUCGACGACUAGACGGCUCAAAUCUUCUACUAUCUGAAGCCAUGGCACAGGAGACUCACACUGCUGCGCAAGACAAGCUGAAGUUGGCAUCGAAGUAUCUCCAAGACUCGCGUGACAGCGCCGCUGUUUUCCAACGACAGGCUAUCGAUGAUGCCGCCAAGUUGCUUCGUCUGCAAACCCAAUUUGAAACAGACCUCAAUGGACCAAGAGAUUCUACGCCUGCUGGUGCAUUGCCGGGUCAGACAUAUAUCGGUCUCUCGGCGAACGAGACCAUUUUCCAACUCAUCCGCCAGGGUCACCACAAGCGUGCGCAAAAAGUGCAGUCAGAAUUCAAAAUCAACGACAAGACAUACACGUAUAUUCGUCUUCGUGCGCUUGUAGCAGCACGACACUGGACUGAGCUUGAAGAAUCUGCAAAGCAGAAGAAGAGCCCGAUCGGCUGGGAGCCAUUCUUCAACGAAAUACUCGGUGCAGGCAACACAAGGGUAGCGAGCGUGUUCAUCCCAAAGUGUACGACAUUGACUGUACCGGAGCGCGUCGAGAUGUGGAUCAAGUGUGGUUUAAUGGUCAAGGCGGGUGAAGAGGCUUUCAAAGCGAAGGAUAGGGAGCUGUUGGAGGAGAUUAGGGUGAAGGCAGGUGGCAGUGCGGCGGUGGAGGUAGAGAGGCUGUUGGGAAUGUUACCGCAGAGUAAGCGGUAA